UUCCCCGGGCGGGCCGGGCGCGGGCGCGGGCGGGCGCGGGCCCGGCGCUGCUGCCGUCCAUGCUGAUGUUCGGCGUGAUCCUGGCGUCCAGCGGGCUGCUGCUCAUGAUCGAGAAGGGCAUCCUGGCCGAGGUGCGGCCGCCCCCGCCCCGCGCGGCGCGGCCCGGGGAAGCGUGGCGGCCGGCGGCCGGGCGGGAGGCCGCGGGCGAGCUGGAGCGGCGGGUGCUGCGGGACGUGCGGAACCGCACGAUCCGCGCCGUGUGCGGCCAGCCCGCCAUGCCCCGCAGCGUGUGGGACCUGCCGGCCGGCCAGCGCCGCACCGUGCUGCGGCACCUCCUGGUCAGCGACAAGUACCGCUUCUUGUACUGCUACGUGCCCAAGGUGGCCUGCUCCAACUGGAAGCGCGUCCUGAAGGUGCUGGGCGGGGCGCUGCGCAGCGUGGACGCCAAGGGCAAGAUGGACCACAAGAGCGACCUGGUGUUCCUGGCCGACAUGGAGCCGGCCGAGAUCAGCUACCGCCUCAACAACUACUACAAGUUCCUCUUCGUGAGGAACCCCAUGGAGAGGCUGCUGUCGGCCUACAGGAACAAGUUCGGGGAGAUCAAGGAGUACCAGCAGCGGUACGGGCUGGAGAUCGUGCGCAGGUACCGCCAGGGCGGCGGCGGCUCGGCGGGCGACGACGUCACCUUCUCCGAGUUCCUCAGGUACCUGCUGGACGAGGAGGCCGAGAGGAUGAACGAGCACUGGAUGCCCAUCUACAACCUGUGCCAGCCCUGCGCCGUGGCCUACGACUUCAUCGGCUCCUACGAGCGCCUCGAGGCCGACGCCGACUACGUGCUGCGGCGGGUGCGGUCGCCGCCGUCCGUCCGCUUCCCCCGGCGCCAGCCCUGGUACAAGCCGGUGACGGCCGAGACGCUGCACUACUACCUGUGCGGCACCCAGCGCCGCCUGCUCGCUGACCUCCUGCCCAAGUACAUCCUGGAUUUCUCCCUCUUCGCCUACCCGCUCCCCAACGUCAGCAGCGAGUUCUGCCGGCAGUGAGCCGCGGGGUGCGGCUCGGGGGGCUGCUCGGGGCCCCUCACACCUUACUGCCCGCGCGGUGCCUCCCUGUUUCUAUGCAAUGUACCCGGUUGCCUUUGCUGGUGGGGCGCUCUGUGCGGCGCUCUGCUUGUACCACGCACGUACAGCAGCUCCCCCACCUCCCGUUUCGCUUCAAAGUCCCUUUUGGCACGGCACGGCACGGCACGGAGAAGCCCCGGCAGGGAGCUGAGGGGCGCAGCUGCCCGAGGCAUUUCGCUCCUUUCCGAGUGUUCUGCACACAGCUGACUCCAGUUGAGCGCUGGGGCUCUGCCGCAUCGACUGGGAGAGCUGGUGCAGCAGCCCUGGCACUGGGACAGCUGGUGCAGCCUGGGCAGGAGGGAGCCGUGGGGUGCAACACCAACAGGGGGCUUGUACCAGCUAGGCCCCGUUCUCCCCUCGGUUCCCUCGCUGCAGCUGCCUCAGUGGGGCCGCUUGGUCUCUUUUCCUGACCUCUGUUUGUUGCCGUCAGUCGUUCCUUACUCUGGAAACCAGACUGGUGGUAGGGGGAGACUCUGUGCCAUGGGAAGGGUUGGGAAUAGCCACAGGUUACCCAGGUGCCGAGCCAGAAGGAUUUGCCCUCCCUGUGAGUUAAAGCAAUAUAGACUGUCAGGAUCCACGCCCGUCCUGGUUCCUGGGGAGAAACACUUUGUCCAGCCGUCUUGGAAGCAGCAGCCUCUGCAGGAUUAGUUCAGCCUUCUUUGGUGCAUCUGCAGGCUGGGUUCGGAGCUGCUCUGUUAGCUGUGGCCCUGUGAAAGCCUGGGAGGCAACAGGGGGUUGGUUGUUAUCCCUGGGAGGCAACAGGGGGUUGGUUGUUAUCCCUGGGAGGCACCAGGGCGUUGUUAUUCCCUGGUAGGCCGUGUUCUCCUUUCUAAUAAAGUUUUUAUACCGA